GGGACUCUCCAGCCCCGUGGGCAGGGCCAGCGUGUCCUGGCACUGGCCGAGGCUCUUUGCGGGUGGCUGCCUGAGAGCCCUGGGCAGAGCCCCGGAGCUUGCUCACACCCCGAAACUCGGUGCCUGGGGACGUGCUCCCCACGGUGACCUUUGCCUCAGAAGCAUGGGGCAAGGAUGAGUUCGAGCAGCAGUCUGGGGCCUGGAUGUCUGGGCUGCUGUGGAGAUGGUCCGCCCCUGCUCGGAGCGGGCGGGGCCGCAGACCCGUGCCAGCCGGGCCGUGAGGCCGCGCCAGCUGCACCUUCGCCCUGGAAACCUUUGCUCCCCUCUGCGGCUCCAAGGGUGAUUCAGCCCCACUUCGGGGUGCGCAGGGAUGCCCUCACCCCACAGCCUGAGGCUCCGAGCAUUGGUCUGGGGCUCUCUGAGGCCGCCCCCCAUCUGCCGGGGACAGACGCUUUUCUCCUCCUGAUGCUCAGGGGUCUUCCCGGGCUCCCCUGGCCCCAGAAGCCUGCUCUGGCCGAGGGCAGACGUGGCGUGGGCUGCGGAGUAGCCCUAGGCUGGGCGCCUGGCCAUGGGCCACAGGAGCCUCCCCCAGAGGGCACGAUCGGGAGAGAGGAGAGGUCUCGAGGUCCCAACUUCUGCGGGGAAAGCCUGGCCUGGACAGCUGGCCCGGCACAGCCCCCUCGCCACCCACUUGCAGCCGUCCCGCCUCAGCCCGUGCAGGGGAUUCGUGGGCCCCCCAAACCUUGCCUCGGGGAGCCCCGGCCAGACGGCCAGUCCCCACAGCUCAUUGCAGCCUCCUCUGGAGCCGCAGGGGUGUGGUGGCCUGACCUGCACCGCCUGGCCGACCGCAUCCACCUGGAGGAGCUGACCCGCCUUGGCAUCCUGAGCGGUAGCAUUGACGCCAUGGGCCAGGCCCACCUGGGAGCUGUGUUCAUGCCUCACGGGCUCGGCCACUUCCUGGGCAUUGAUGUGCACGACGUGGGAGGCUACCCCGAGGGCGUGGAACGCAUCGAUGAGCCCGGCCUGCGGAGCCUGCGCACCACGCGGCACCUGGAGCCGGGCAUGGUGCUCACCGUGGAGCCGGGCAUUUACUUCAUCGACCACCUGCUGGACGAGGCCCUGGCCGACCCGGCCCGUGCCUGCUUCUUCAACCGCGAGGUCCUGCAGCGCUUCCGGGCAUUCGGGGGGGUCCGGAUCGAGGAGGACGUCGUGGUGACUGCUAGUGGCAUGGAACUGCUCACCUGUGUGCCCCGCACGGUGGAGGAGAUCGAAGCGUGCAUGGCAGGCAGUGACAAGGCCUUUACUCCCUUCUCUGGCCCCAAGUAGAGCCAGCUGGGAGUGCCCAGUGGGACCAGGGACCCAACCUGGCCACCUGUCUUCACGAUGCGCAGCCUCCUGCCUGGCCCUCGAGCGGCGAGAGAUGCGUGCUCAGAAAUCCCAUGGCUGCGUCCAUGUUUGAGCUUGUGGUUUCCUCGGGGGGCGGGGGGGGGAGGGUCUCUUUCUUAACCUUCUGCAAGAUCACACCUGAAUCUGCUCUUACUCUGCUUGAAUGACAGUGGCUUUUAAAGUACUAAUGGAAAAGAAUUCUGCUCCUUGAUAGCAACUAAAAUGUGUCUCGUCAUUUGCAUUCUUCUGCUCCGGGAAGAUCUAUUUCCAGCGUUUCCUCUCAAAAAUCAAUGCAGAGUCGGAUUUGCAAUAAAAAGUUUCCCAAAAUGGU